AUGCUUCAUUCGACAUGGCCGCGUCUCCCGAGCGCGGCCAUAUGCUGCUGUCCCAGGGGUGCACGGCUGUACUCGCGGCACAGCUCCGACCGCACCCUUCCGGACAGACCCAACUACGGCACCACACCGCGAGCCAAAACAUGGACAAACGACCGUCGUGACAAGUUGAAGAGGGCUACACCGCGAUCCAACGCCGCUGUGCAGCAACAGCACCAAGCGGAGCGCAACUGGCGCAAGAGGCUGGUGGAGGGAAGGCUGUCGCCGAAAGAGCAAAGGAUGGUGGCGCUGAUGGCGGAUCUAGACCUGCUGAGAACUACAGAUGCAGAAACUGCGGGCACCAACGAAACAGAGCCCGGGAGCACGGCAAACCAGGAAACAGAAACUGUCGCAAGUUCAGACCGCGAGGCUGACGGGAGCCAAUGGUCACUGCUGAAAAGACGUCAACGAGGUGCCGAGACAGAGUCUGCUACGGAGAAUGCCCGAGACCUGAACAGGAGUGAUACGAUAACGACGAGCACCGAAAAAUGGCCGUUGCUGAAUAGACGGGAACCAAGCUACGGAUACAUGGAGCCUGUGGACACACCUCUGGACGAUUCGAGACAAUCGGAAGCUAUACCGUUGGACGACUCAAGGGAAUUAGUUACAGCACCCCCGGAAGACUCUAUGGAUUUGGUGGCAGCGACCCGCGAAGCGCUUGCCAAGAAAGAAAACGUCACAGUCUCAAAGUCACAUACCAUGAUCCGCAUCGACGGCCUGAGCACCAACGUCCACGCGUCCGACUUUUACCGCAUCGCCGAGACCGACCUGUCCAAAUGGAACCAGUCCAUCAAGAAAGUGCAGCAAGUACGUGACGGCAUGACGCUGGAGGCCACCGGCACCUACCACAUUACCUUUUCCACCGCCAUGGCCGCGACCGCCUACGCCGCGCGCUUCCAGCGGCUGCACGCGCUCGCCCAGAUCAAGGCGCGCUCCCGGACCGGCCUCUGGCGGAGCGAAGUGCCCCCUACAUUACUGCCGCCCGACCGCGAAGGCGGCGCAGCCACCGCGCAGGAGAGCCUCGAGGCGGAGCUCGCGCAGCUCAGCAUCGCGCCCGGCGUGCAGGACGUUGUGCUCGAGCACCGCCGCGUGGCCGCCGGGCCCGAGGGCCACAAGAUCCGCAGCCUCGUCGCGCGCGACGGCCUCGGCGAGCGUCCCGCCGUCGUGCUCCUCGACGUCGCCCCGCCGCCCGCCUCGCCCGAGCGCGUCCGCGACGCCGUCCGGCAGCACGGCCAGCGCGCGCGCGGCUCCUGGGGUCUCGCGCGCGCGCACCCCGUCGCCGGCAACCUGCACCAGCAGCUGCAGCGGCUCGCCGCCAGCCUUGCUGCUGCCCAGACCGCCCAACAAGACGCAGAGCAUGACAACGACGACGACGGGGUCCAGGUCGAGGUCGACGAGGCGCAGCGCCAAGCGGCCGAGAAGCAGCGCAGGGCCACGCUGCGCAAGAGGGAAGGCCUGCGCCGCGUCGCGCAGCACAUGGAGGGCGCCGCGCUGCGGCGCUUCGUGGUCGCGUUUCGCGACGUCGCCGAGGCGCAGCGCUUUCAUCGCCUCUGGAACGGCCGGUGGCUGGGCGGAUACGACACGCCGCCGCCGCCGGGGGCGCCGCGGCACUUUGUACGCACGCAGGUGGUUGAGUAUUAA